AGCGGGGAGAAUGUGGCAUUCACGGCGCGGAGGGAAAACCUGGAGCAGCGUCAAUCACCGAUGUGUCGUAUGAAGUACUUAAGUCCUAAAAAUACACGUAUUUUAUGUUAAUUCUGCGCGUGGAUUAAACUGCAGUCAAAUACAUUUAACAGACAGUACUCCUGAAUAUAAAACUCGACUUUUAUGGAAUAUCAAAACAAGGAAUACUUUGCCAGCUCGGAGUUUUCCUACAAACUGCCACCGUGGUCCGCUACAUUCAGGGGGUGAAAAGUUUCUGCCACACUUCACCAAAAAAGUCGUGACCACAUUACCUCCUUCAGUCUCAUCUACAGCAGCUCCACCAGCCUCUAACCCCUGGCUGACCCUGGAAAUAACAUCUCUCUCCCAAAAAUAAAGACUGAAAAGUCUGCGCAGGAAAUUAAGAACAGUUUUUCCAUCUCUGCAGACUCAGAGGAAAUAAUAUCACACAGAGGAUUUAUUUAAAACGUUGUGUCUGGAGCCGAGACAGGAAGUGUGGAGAGAGUCUCACCUGAGGCAGGUCUCCAUGUCUCCGGCACUCAGCAUGAGGCUCUGAGGAGGCAGCGGGAUUUUAAAUAAAGCUGGUUCGAACACGAGGAGGUGGAGGUGGAGGAGGUGGGAGCAUGGGGAAGGAGCAGGACCUGCUGCAAGCGGUGAAGAGCGGAGACCUGCUGUCCACUCAGAAGCUGCUGUCCAAACUCAAAGCCAACAGAAACAAGUUGCUGGGCUCCACUAAGAGACUGAAUGUGAACUACCAGGAUUCAGACGGGUUUUCAGCCCUGCACCAUGCCGCCCUCACAGGCACCACUGAGCUGCUGUCUGCACUGCUGGAGGCUCAGGCUACUGUGGACGUCAAGGACAGCAACGGAAUGCGUCCGCUGCAUUACGCAGCCUGGCAGGGAAAAGCUGAGUCGGUCCUGAUGCUGCUUCGCUCCGGAGCUUCAGUGAACGGUAUUUCACUGGACGGACACAUCCCUCUGCACCUGGCAGCCCAGUACGGACACUACGAAGUGUCUGAGAUGUUGCUGCAACAUCAGUCCAACCCCUGUCUGGUCAACAAGGCCAAGAAGACUCCUCUGGACCUGGCCUGUGAGUUUGGAAGAGUCCAGGUGGCCCAGCUGUUGCUGAGCAGUAACAUGGUCGUGGCGUUGUUGGAGGGAGAGAGGAAAGAGCCGACAGACUCGGCCUUCACCACCCCACUACACCUCGCCGCCCGCAAUGGACACAAAGAAAUCAUACGACUGCUGCUGAAGGCCGGCAUCGACAUCAACAAGACCACCAAGUCUGGAACGGCUCUGCAUGAAGCGUCUCUGUACGGGAAGACGGAGGUUGUCCGACUGCUGCUGGACGCUGGAGUGGACGUGAACAUCCGUAACACCUACAACCAGACGGCGCUGGACAUCGUCAACCAGUUCACCACGUCACACGCCAGCAGGGACAUCAAGCAGCUGCUCCGAGAUGCGACGGGUGUUCUGCAGGUCAGAGCUCUGAAGGACUACUGGAACCUCCACGAUCCAACAGCCCUCAACAUCCGAGCUGGAGACGUCAUCAUGGUAUUAGGGGCCCGUAGUGACCUGUCUCGCCCCCUGCAGGUGUUGGAGCAGCACAUGGACGGACGCUGGAAGGGCCACAUCCACGACACCCAGAGAGGGACAGACCGAGUUGGCUUCUUCCCUCCGUCCAUCGUGGAGGUCAUCAGCAGGCGAAAUGGGGGCACCCUGUCCCGGCACGCCUCUCUGCCCACCCAACGCCAACAGCAGCUGUCCAGAGCCCCCCUCUCCUCCAGCCUCAGCUCCGCCCCUCAGACUGACGACUCCUACACCCUGUACGCCCCCCCCACCCACGUGGUGCUGCCGCUGGCCAACGGCCUCACUACCAACACAGGUUUGUCUCCGAGCCGCCUGUCUCAGUCUGAGUGUCCCUUCGAGGACAUCUGGGUUCUCAGGGACUCGUGUCAUGCUGGAGACAGGAACAGUGUCGGGAGUACUGGCAGCGUCGGCAGUACCCGGAGUGCUGGCAGCGGACAGAGCACAGAGAGCAACAACGCACCCAAUGGACUCCAACACAACGGCGGUCACCAUGACAAUGCCAAUAAGCCGGCGCCCUCUGCUGUCGAUUCUGGACACUUAGACUGCAGCAAACAGCCUGAUCACCCUGCAGGUGGGACUCCACGGAGGCAGACAGUGACGGUGCAGAGACCUGCAGAGCAGAGCUUCUCCCAGCAGUUUGUUCGUCCUCAGCAGCUGCUGGAGGGGAAGGACGCAGAGGCCAUCUAUCAAUGGCUGAGUGAGUUCCAGCUUCAGCAGUAUACUGGAAACUUCAUCAGUGCUGGUUAUGAUGUUCCAACCAUCAGCAGGAUGACUCCUGAGGACCUGACUGCCAUCGGAGUGACCAAACCAGGCCACCGCAAGAAAAUCUCCAUCGAGAUCAACAACCUGAACAUCCCUGAGUGGCUGCCUGAGUACAUCCCAUCUGAUCUGGGUGAGUGGCUCAGUGCCAUCGGUCUCCCACAGUACCACAAAAAACUCUCUGAAAAUGGCUAUGACUCCAUCAGCAUCGUGAAAGACCUCACCUGGGAGGAUCUGCAGGAGAUCGGCAUCACCAAGCUGGGCCACCAGAAGAAGCUGAUGCUGGCGGUGAAGAAGCUGUGUGACAUCCAGAGGGCGAUCCUUCAGGCUGAAUCAGGCCAAGGCACACUGCGUCGCAAGGCCCCAGGAGCUCUCCACCUGGUCACCAUUGAGCCGCCUGACUCAGGAGGUGAAUGCUCUUCUCCUCACACCCCAAAAAUGCUGACCUUCCAGGACAGCGAGCUGAGUGCCGAGCUGCAGACAGCCAUGUCCAGCCACUACGGAGGCUGCGAGGAAGGCUUGGCCAUCAAGAAUGCAGUGGGAAUGUCCCAGAGCCAGGAGAGCAUUGACACCCGGUCCAGAGGCUCCGGGCGCUCCCAAGAGCCUCCCACAGCUUCCAUCACUCCCCACAGCUGGUCCCAGGAGAGCCUGGAUGGCAGCCCCGCCAAGGAGAGGAAUCUUCCUGAGGGCUGGGACCAGAGACCUCUACAGCAGCAGCCGCUGCCCAAGCAGGUGCCUUUGGGCACAGCAACUGUGUUUAAGUACCCAGCAAUCCCAGCAAAGCCCAAACUGUCUGGAUCUUGUGGUCCCUCCCCUCAUGGUUCCCCAGCACUGAAGGGUUUCAGCUAUCUGCAUUCUCACUGUGGCUCCACAGACUUGACCUCAUCUCCCAGGCCUGAGAAUCACAGCAUGACCCUGACGCCGCCCAAGAAGCGCACCCAGAGCAUGACCCGCCACGCUCUGUCAGAUGGAGAACCUGAUGAGGACGAUGAUGAGCCUGCGUACCGUUCUGGAAACCUGUCGUCUUAUGCCACUCUGACACGCAAACCCGGUCGCAGCCAGCUAGCUCGAUUACAGGCGAGUCCAGAGAAGAAUGGCAAUGUAGGACGCAGUCAGUCUUUUGCAGUGCGCGCCCGGAAAAAAGGCCCCCCUCCUCCUCCUCCAAAGAGACUAAGCUCAGUGAGCAGCACCACCAGCGGGGAGCUGAGUGACAGCAGCACGACGUCAUCUGCUGGUGGGGCGAUGACAGACAGUCCAGUGAGUGUGAGGAGCAUCGCAGCCUCUAUGGAAGGCAGGACAGAAGAGAAGAACCCUCCAGGACCUAAACCUGACCUCAUUGAGCAGGAGCCGCCUCCUGCCUCCCUCAACCCUGCAGGUCAGGAGCCCAGAGAGGCUGGUGGGGUGAGGAGGAGGGUUCAGAGCGAGUGUAUCCCCACCCAGUCAGGCAUCAGCACAGAGCCGGAUCGAGCUGUAAAAUCUGACUCUGAGGAAGAAGAAUCAAAGGGUCGCGGACUGGAGGGCUCCUCAUCCCCUCAGAACAGCUCCAGUGAGUGCAUCCCCUUCGCAGAGGAGGGCAACUUGACUAUCAAACAGAGACCCAAAGCUCCAGGGCCACCAAGGGCUGAGGCGGUGCUGGAGCCUCCAGAGAAACAAGCAGCCAAGAACCUGGAGGUGCCCGAGUUUAAUCUGAAGGAGUCGGACACAGUGAAGCGCCGACACAAACCCAAAGACAAGGACCAGAGUGGAGGCUCUCCCAACAGAGAGGGAGCAGGGGAAGCCGGGUCAAAAUCCAGUAGUAGCAGGCCUCCAUCCCAGAGCCAGGAUGAGGUCAGUCUGCAGAUUAAUGAGGCCAGUCUGGAGAGACCUGCUAGUCCAGCAACAGGAUCCCCCAUCAAACCUCCACUCUCCCCCAAACCUGCCGUUGCUCCAAAACCUCUCCGCCACAGUCUGCUGGCAUCACAAGCAGCUGGCCUCUCCUCUCCAUCUGUGACCGUCAAUGCAGUUCAGAGUGUGGCCUUCACCUCUCCGUCCUCUCCCUGUCACGGGCCUCCAGCUCCAGCCCCUCAGAGUCCGUCUCUGACAUCUGGGAGGCCUCAGGUGUGUGUGGUGGGCCCGGGUCUCGUCCCUGAGACAUCCUGUGGAACUGGGGUAGUUCAGCAGAGACUGGAUCAGACCAGCACGUCUCUGGCAGCAGCUUUGAAGGCCGUUGAGAGAAAACUGAACCUGGAGGACAACUCAGACAGUAGUGGAUCAAACACAGUGAAGUCUGCAGGGACAAUCCUGGACGACAUCGGCAACAUGUUUGAUGACCUGGCCGACCAGCUGGAUGCCAUGUUGGACUGAAGACUUUUCAUAAAGGCCCCAAAAUAAAAGCCCUCAACCUCAGGAAGUGAAACAGAGUAAGAGACAAAGGGGGGAAGGAGGGUCGAUGUUUUUACCCCUCAGCUCUGAGCUACAUGAUGAACACAGUCAGAGGAGCGCAGGUCAGACACUUGUCUUGUUUCUCAGCCUGAACACCAGCACUUAAUCUCCGCUGUGCUUCCUGGACCAGGUCCUGUACUCGCAUUUCUGACACAAUCUGGUUCCCGUAUCGACGGAUUCAAGUCCAGCUGAAACCUUGUUAACCUUGUUACGUCGUUGUGUCUUCUCAAAAUAUGAACCAAACUGAAGUUGGACCAGCAGUAUUUUAUCAGCCCACUGUGAGGGGAGAAACUCCUUUGCAGAUUAUUAAGAUUAUUGUUAAACACUAAUAUUGUUACAUGAAGUUUUAUCUUUUUGACAUGAUAGAGAGCCGAAGUCCUGACUUCACUUCCUGUCCAGCAUCUGUUCAAUGAACGACGAAUGCAUAAACUGCCAAAAUUCUUGAUGAAUUGAAGUAAAGGUGGACAAAUUUUAACAACAACAAAACUAUAUCAAUCAGUUUACAAACUCACUCAGCUCGUACAGUAUAAUCCAAAUCUCAUUUUUCCAGUUGUAUGUUCAGUGCUUCACAAACAUGCAUUUUAGUUCAAAUCUCACCAUGUUAAACACCUCAGCACAAACUGUCUUGUGCCUGUGUUGUUUAUUUCUACACUGUGGUAUUAAUACUUUUACUUCAGCAAAUACUUCCACCACUGUGGUUAACAUCCAUAUAGGCAAUAAUAACCUGCAAUGAAAAUCAAAAACAAAAGUGUCACUAAUAAACAGAAGAAAAGAAUAUAUGAUCAGAAUAGUCACUCAUGUGAAUCUUACUCACCUUGGGCUCACCUUAUAGUGAAUUAAGUAAAGAUAAUAAACUAUUUUCCAUUUUUCUAGAGACCAGAAACUCCCUCAAGGAUCCCUGGAGGUCCCCGAACCACUGGUACAUAGAACAACAUAAUUGCAAGAUCAACAUGUUGGUGUCUUUCAUCAGGGUCAUAAUAAAACGCAUUACAAACAACAUUUAAAUGCAGGUAGGCAUGCAGCAGUAAGAAAGGAUGCCAACUGAAGACACCCAGUCAUGUAGAUUUACACAUAUCAGCCAGUGGUGUAUCUGCAGAGGUGGGUUGGGUAUAUGGUCAUGUGGCUCCAGGCCAGUCGUUCUCCCAGACAGGCAGACAGUCCCUUCUUGAAAAGAAGUUAAUUAAGGGUCAUUAAAAACACAAAUAUUAGUUAAACAAUACUACAUAGUUUAAAAAAAAACAUCCUUAUUUAGACAAAGAGAGGAUAAAGUGUUAAGAACAUUUCUGUUUAAAGGCUGAAGUUCUAAUUACGUGUGAUUUUAAAUCCAGUUUUCUGGCUCGUGGAACAGAACCUGGACCGUCAGGUUUCACUCCAGCUCUCUACCCAACAUGGCUGACCAUUUCAAAUUCUACCUUUUGUAAUAUUAAAAAAACAAACAAAUCUAUUUUAUACCAAGUGAUCUUAACCGUGUGUAGUUAGUCUUCAAGUAUGUUUGUGUCGUUGUAACUGAAACAUGUAAAAGUGCUCGAUCAUGUUGUUGAUACAAAGGGAAGCAUGCUCAGCUCACCAGUCACUGUGUGUGUGUGUACAGACGGCAUGUGACAUGUCAGUGAUAUACAUACUAUUUUUUGAUAUUCAUUAUAGCCAAUUUAGUAUUUAAAUUAGAGUUAUCUAAAUAUGUAUAUUGUACACUAGAGGUAUAUACAGGAGCAGAUAUUCAACCAAAGUCUUUGUACAGAUUUUCCUCAAAUAUUUUCACAAACAUUUCCUUUAAAAAAAAAAAAAGAUGCAGAAUCCUGUUUGUUGUAAGAUGUUUAUGAAAUGUUAUUUUUUCGUGCAGCCUGCAGCGUAUGGAUACAGAGUCCAUAUUUAGCAUGCCAUAGCUCUAUCUGAACAUGUUUCAUUGGUGAUAAAGACUGUUAACCCUGGUGUGUGUCCUGUGACCGUGUGAAUGGAUCUGUGUGUUAUUAUCUCUUGAGUCUCAGGAAAAUCCCUCCUGACCUCAACACGCUGGCUCCUCCGUGUCCUGCUGCUUCCAGCUACAGGGGAUUUAAAAAGCUGAGUGAAUUCAAUCAGACGUUAAAUACAGUCUGUACUGACUCACCUGUAAUGAUGAUGUCACUGCAGCCUCCACAUUCCUACAGCAUGAAGUCAGUGUGUUCAUAACAACACGUUACGUAAAGAAUCUAAUCAGCUACACAGUAAAUAUCACACUGCAUCAUAUUGGAGGUGGAUGAUGUGUGUGUGUGUGUGAGUGUGUGUGUGUGUGUGUGUGAGAUUUCCUGUUGUUUUGGUCAUUCUCUGUCCCCUCUGGCUGUAUUAUUUGUUUAACCAUUAAAUAUCUAUGAUG